AUGGAAGAAAAUAUAAUAGAAAAAAUAGAAAAAAUUUCACUAAAUACAAUUAACCAAGAAUCUUAUAAUGAAAAAAAAGGGCUAAAAAGUAAAAUUAGAGAUUUAGAAAAUAUUAUAGAAACUAAAAUUCUGCAACUACAAAACCAAUUAAAAGAAUCAAAAGAAAAAGAAAAAGUUGAUGAAUAUGAUUUUAGUGAAAUACUCAAUGAAUUUAAAGAAGAUAUUAAAAAAAAAUUAGAAGAAACAAAUGAAUUAAUAAUAAAAAAAAUUGAAGAACAAAAUAUAAAACACUUAAAAUUAUUUAAUAUUUUAGUAUCAUUAAAAAAUGAAAAUUCUUCAAUUAAUAAAUCUAUUUCUUUAUUAAAUGAAAGAAUACACAUGAUAGAAGAAGAUAUUGGUGAUUAG